ACGGCCAUCAGCAUUGAGAGGUGCCUGUCUGUCCUUUGUCCAAUCUGGUGCCGAAGCCACCGCCCAAAGCACUUGUCUGCCAUCAUCUCCGGCCUGCUCUGGGGUCUCUCCCUGCUGCUGAACACGCUCGGGUAUGUUUUGUGUACCGUUCGCCCCUCUGCCAGGAGCUGCCGGCUCCUGCUCAUCACCAUCGGAGCCUUGGACUUCCUCUUCUGCACGCCCCUCAUGCUGCUCUUCAGCCUGACCCUCUUCCUUAGAGUCAAGUGCAGCUCCCAACACCUCCGAACAGGCAGGCUCUUCACUGUCAUCAUGCUCACCGUCCUCUUCUUCCUCAUUUUCGCUGUGCCCUUGAGCGUCCUGAUCCUCUUUGACUUCUUGGGCUACAAAUUUCUCUACUCCCCAGAGAUCGGCUUUGUGCUGUCCUGCGUGAAUAGCAGUCUCAACCCCAUCAUUUACUUCCUUGUGGGGAGCUACAGGGAUCGGAGAAUCAAGUUCACCCUCAGGCUGGCAUUCCAGAGGGCCUUUGAAGAUUCAGCAGAUGACAAAGAUGAACGGGAAACCCGUGACACAAUAACUAU